CGGGGAAGUAAGUUAAGAGCAGUUUUGCUUCCGCUACUUCAACAGUGACAAAGUAACUGAUACUAACAGUCAUAUAUCACAGGUACGGAUUUAGAAGUAAGGAUGUGUGACCGGUGAAGGGGCUGGAUUAGCAUUAUGAGAGUUGUAGUUGUGUAACAGUUUGGAUGUGAAUGUUUUGGUCGCCUAUGCUGUAAAUGCUUUUAUAUUGUGAAUAAGUCUGCUUCCUGAUUGUAAGGGCUAUAGCUACUUGUGCAUUGUUGGAACUGCAGUCCAGCCCUAUUUAGAUAAAGCAAACUGAUUGUGAUACGCAGAGGAGUUUAUAUCCAUCAGGGCAAUUUACUGAAGUACAAAUUGAAGCAAAUAUGAAUCUGAAUCGCAGAAUGAAGGCACAACUAAGUCAUCAACCCAGCUAUAGUCAACGAUUAGCUAUUUAGACUUCAUUUGGCCAUUCAGAUUUUUUAUUUGCUACGUUUUGCUACGUUUUAACGUUAUUUAUUAUUUUAUUAUUUAUAUAGCGCCAGCAAAUUCCGUAGCGCUGUACAAUGGGUGAUCUAACAGACACGUAAUUAUAACCAGAGAAAUGGACGCACAGGAACAGAGGGGUUGAGGGCCCUGCUCCAUGAGCUUACAUGCUAUACUGAAUAACCUUGCGCGAAUCAAGUAAAGAUUUUUGUGGCACGUUAAUCAGCCCCUUAUGGUGAUCGGUGGGCAACAGCGUACACAAUUCUUAAGUAAAUAACUAUUUACGAGUUAGUUUGGAAGUCGACAACUACAUUGAGACUUUCAGGACAGGAAACAAAAGUUACAUACUCUAGGAAUGAGUUUAAUAAUGAGAACUGUCCCAUAUAAAAUCAGGUCAAACCUGUUUAAUUUUACACAUUAACAUGAGUCAUGCGGCAACUAUGUGAAAGCUGACAUUUUUCUUCAAACAACCUAGGUUCAAUGGGAGGUUUGUACAAUUGAACAACACUAGUAAGUGACCUGUACUACAUCUAAUUGACGGUGUUACAGUGACUCCUCCUUGAAUAGGUCCUUGAACUUAGAAGGAGUGUAUUGCCAGUUUAAUUAGACUAUUAUAUGACAGUCUGUGACUCUUAACCGAAAAAAACACAGUGACUUCGAAAAGGGAAAGAUUACAAUAUAAGGAGAUCAGCUAAGAGGCUCAGAUGACGGCUGGGAGGUAAGAUCAAUGUGGAAUAAUUACGAAAAUCUUGAAAUUAAUUAAGGGACCUAAUGAAGGAAAUGUCUGCUUUACAAAUAGGGAAGAACUUUCGACUCUGCUUUAAUGCAUUAAAUUGUCAUGUUUGGGACAAUGGGUAUUUACAAAACUCCUUAAGGGGGUCAAUUCUGUAAAAUAUCGUCUCUUUGUGUCUUUCUUGGCAUGGAUUCUGUUUAGGGUCUCCCAGAUUGCUUAGUAAGGUUUAUGAGUUGUAUUACAUUAGAAUGUGACUGCAGAUAAGAACCAUUCGGCCCACGUAGUCUGCCCAAUUUUCUAAAUACUUUCAUUAGUCCCUGGCCUUAUCUUAUAGUUAGGAUAGCCUUAUGAUAAAAAUAACAGAUGUAUGGCGCUUCAAAAUAUUUCUUUCUAUGUAAUUGCACUUGGGGGGAACAUAGGUGUUUUCCCUACACCUUAAUAAUAGUGAUAAUAAACUUAACCAAACGUUCACACAAUGUGACAGAAAGAACACAAGGUAAACAACACCCUUUUAAUGCAUGCAUCAGAUUAUACUUAUAAAUGGGCUUGUUAUUAACAAUUCGAGUGCACAGCCUAAAACAAUAAAAAAAAUACAACUCAUAGUGUAUAUUGUAAACAUAUCUGGGUGUAAAGAUAGUUAUUGGUUGCACUCACGGAUUGUAGAGCCGUACCAGGCUCUGUAUACUGUGCCCAAGGGUGCCUAAAAAGGCUAUGCUUAAACUAAUUCACUGUGUUAACCUCUACCACUUCAGCUGGAAUGCUGUUCCAUGCACCCACUACCCUAUCAGUAAAGUAACACUUGGAAUGUUGGAAUACCUGGAAUGUUUGAGUACCUUGAGGACUAAGAUGGGAGUAUAGCCCAAAAAAUAUUACAGAACAAGCAUUUCAAAUGCAAGAAUAGUUUAAUCCACGCAGUGCAAAAAAAGACUAACAGGGGGCAAAUUUGAAUGUAAUUUGAAUUCUUAAGAUUUUAAACAGGCACUGUUCCAAGGAAAAUAAAAUUUAUAAUGGAAUCUCUCUAGAAAUCAUUAAUUUGUAUGUUAUGAAACACUGUUGAAUAGAUCUAAAAUGUUAUAUGUUUGUAAUAUUUAUUUUACAAUGAAGUGUUCCUUAAAUUAAGCAGGUUAAGCUGCAUUUUUAAUUCAGUUGUUAGGUGUGACAUUGUGUAGACACUGGUUUCACAAACAAACAAACAAUCAUGUUUUUGCACACCUCUUGUGCAAUGCACGCACAAGCAGUUUCAUCACCGAGAAAAAUGCAGAGUGCCAGAGGUCACUCAUUACUACUAUAUUUAUGUGCCAAGUAAAUCAUUUUAAUUGACACAUCCGUAUGUAGGCAUUACCUGAGCUAGGUGAAAUAGCCCAAAUUAAACGAAGGUCAUAUCCAUUUUGGCUGCCAUUUAAAGGACCACUAUAGGCACCCAGACCACUUCAGCUUAAUGAAGUGGUCUGGGUGCCAGGUCCAGCUAGGAUUAACCCUUUCUUCUAUAAACAUAGCAGUUUCAGAGAAACUGCUAUGUUAAUAAUAGGGUUAAUCCAGCCUCUAGUGGCUGUCUCAUUGACAGUCGCUAGAGGCGCUUCCGCGCUUCUCACUGUGACUUUCACAGUUAGAAGACGCCAGUGUCCAUAGGAAAGCAUUGAGAAUGCUUUCCUAUGGACUGGCUGAAUGCGCGCGCAGCUCAUGCCGCACAUGUGCAUUCAGCCGAUGAUGACGAGAAGGAGGUGGAGAGGAGGAGAGUCCCCCGCCCGGCGCUGGAAAAAGAGGUAAAUUUAACCCCUUUCACCCCCUAGAGCCUGGCGGGUGGGGGGACAUAGAGACCCUAUAGAGCCAGGAAAACGAGUAUGUUUUCCUGGCACUAUAGUGGUCCUUUAACAAAGCAUAAAAGUUCCCUGCUUGCCAUCUACUACCUUACCAUUCUUACAACAUAGUCGCUAUUAGCCAUUAUUAUUGAAAUGGCAAUUUAAUUUGAUCUCUAAUUAGCCUACAUAUUGUUGUUUGCAUUUCAGUUUCACUACAAAUGAGUGAAUAAACCUCUAAGGUUUUUUGUUUUUGUUUCUAUGUGUCUAUGUUUCUAUGUUUGGUGUAAGAAAUGAAUUGUAUCAUAUUUGAAAACAGAUAUUAGAAACAGAGUCACAAUGUACAGAUCAGAGUACUUCGAAAUAAUGUGAUUUAAAUAUGUGAAUUAAUACAAAACUAUUGUGCAGCAAACAGAUGAGCCCUUUUGUACUCCAAGAUUGCAAUAAAGCUCAGAAUGACAGAGACACACACACAGACAGAUACAGACACACACAGAGACACACACAGAGACACACACACAGCAUAAUGCACUCUGCAGUGACGUCAUCAGCAAGCGACAUACCCGGAAGUAGGAAGCACAGGGAGUGAGAUUAAUUCCAAAUGGUUGAGGGUUUGUGCUACCAAGGUUCUUCUAAUCUCCAUGAGCAGAGAGGAGGCAUUCUCCCUGCUGCCAGCACAGUCAGAUCGUUUAUACUGUCUGAGUUAAUACUCUCAUAGUCCCAUAGCCUGGGGCUGCCUGUUAAAGGGGUAAGGGAGGAUUUGGUGUCCAUCUUCCUGGCUGAGAGCUGAGGCUUCCUCUGGGCUGAGAGCUGAGGCUUCCUCUGGGUUGAGAGCUGAGGUUUCUCCUGGGCUGAGAGCUGAGAUUUCUCCUGGUCUGAGAGCUGAGGCUUCCUCUGGGCUGGGAGCUGAGGUUUCUUCUGGGCUGAGAUCUGAGGUUUCUUCUGGGCUGAGAGCUGAGGUUUCUCCUGGGCUGAGAGCUGAGGUUUCUCCUGGGCUGAGAGCUGAGGUUUCUCCUGGGCUGAGAGCUGAGGUUUCUCCUGGGCUGAGAUCUGAGAACUUUGCAUCACUAGCUGUGAAGUUUCCUGUAACCCUUUCUCUCUCUGUCAAUGCUGUGUUGUCCUGACCUUGGUUUUGUCUCCCUUGGUCACCAUGAACAGGACUCUGAAACGCUCCAGUAUCCUCAGAAUGGCAUUGGGAGGGGUUGGAGAUGGGGAUCCGGACAAGGCAGGACGGGAGCCCUUCCUGGUGAAAGCAUUGAAGAUUGCAAUGGUGGUAGCCCUUUACUGGUUCAUCUCAAUCACCAUGGUGUUUCUUAACAAGUAUCUGCUGGACAGCCCUUCCCUGAAUCUCAAGGCUCCCCUGUUUGUCACCUUCUACCAGUGCCUGGUCACAGUGGCCCUGUGCAAGGGGCUGAGCCUCUUCUCCCAUGUCAUACCAUCAAAUGUCGUGGAAUUUCCUUCUGUGCGUUUUGAUCUCAAGGUUUUAAGGAGCAUCUUGCCACUCUCCUUGGUUUUUAUUGGUAUGAUCACCUUUAACAACCUGUGCCUCAUGUACCUUGGAGUAGCCUUUUACACAGUGGGCAGAUGCCUAAGUACAGUCUUCAAUGUGCUGCUGUCCUACUUGCUGCUUAAGCAAACUACAUCGUUGUAUGCACUGCUGUCCUGUGGAGUCAUCCUAGGUAAGUUUGGUAUUCAGUCACUUCCCUAAGUCUACAUAAUGUUGGUUACACUAAAUUGUUGUGUUUUUGCCUUUCAUAAAAUAGUUAUGAAUUGUCCAUUAUGCUUAGCUAUAAUACAUUCUAAAAGAAAAUUGAUGUCUGCAGCUGGCUGGCCAUAAUGGGUGUUGUUGUUGUUGUUUGCUGUUACUGAGUUAGAGUAUUUAACAUGCUCUUGUAGCUCAAGUUCAGGUAUAUAGAACCCAGAUCAUUAUCCCCUAAUGUCUACUCUAAGCCUAAGGUUUAUUCUGCAAUAAAUUUAGGGACCAGAACUAAAGUCUUCAAUUUGUCCUUAAAGGAUUACUAUAACAAUAGCAAUACAAACAUGUAUUCCUAAUGUUAUAGUGACCUGCUAACCCCAAAGUAGAAAGGUGAGUUCAUUUAUCACUUAUCCCAUACUGCGCUUUCCUCUCUAAGGCCAGCUCUGCCUCCUUGGAUGAGAUCAUCAAUCUUGAUUAUCUCAGCCAAUCCAAUGCUUCAACAUAGGAAAGCAUUAGGAGGUUAGUGCAAAUGCAUAGCAAAAUGUAGCACUGCACCAAUCAGAUGGUCUUUUUUUCCUCCGCUAUUUUGGCCAAAGUGAUGCAGAGUUACUAGAGGUAAACAUUGCACUCCUGCAGAACAGCAAUGUUUUCAGUUGCAGGGUUAGAGGAACACCCUAGACCCCUAAAGGAGCUUAGCUUUUUUCAUUCUACUAAAAGCACAAAAAUUUGAAUUUUUAUAAAUGAACCUGGUUACUCACCCCAUUGGCUGUAAGUAGACAACUGGUCCUGUAAUUUCCUGGCAAUUUAGCAUAUUGGAGCUAAACGCAAGAGGCAGCAAUUGCCUAGACGAAGGGAUAGGCAACCUUCGGCACUCCAGAUGUUGUGGACUACAUCCCCCAUAAUGCUCUUACAUCCAUAAUGCCAGCAAAGCAUCAUGGGAGGUGUAGUCCAAAACAUCUGGAAUGCCGAAGGUUGGGCCCUAGAGCACCUGCUUUGCAAACACUUCUCAGUGAGCUGCAUUGAUAAGUCUGUGAUUGGACAGCUACAGAAAGUCUGGGUGGAGUUAGAAUAUGAGUAUUUGCAAAGGCUUCAGACAGGAGAUCUGCAGGUUUUGCAAGCUGUUUUUAGCUUUACCCCCAAUGGAAAAAAAUGCAUAAUUUAUUAAUGUAUGUUCUCCAAGGGUGCAUAUCUACUAAGAAGUGUUUUUUUUUUGUUUUUUUUUUAAGUUUAUUUUUAUUUGGGCAGUGUACGGUCCCUUUAAAUUUACAGUGACAUGGCACCGAGGCCACCCUACUAAACUAGAAAAAAAAAAAAAACCACAAAGAUUUGCUGCAGUGUUUGUGUUUUAAGUGAAUUUAAUGAAAAGCAUUGAUCUCAUUCAAUAUAUUUGUUUUUGCAGGUGGUUUCUGCCUGGGUAUUGACCAGGAAGGACAAGGAGGUAAACUGUCCUGGGUUGGAAUAUUCUUUGGGGUACUGGCCAGCGCAUGUGUUUCUCUUAAUGCUAUUUAUACCAAAAAGGUCCUUCCAGCGGUCGAUGGCAGCAUCUGGCGUCUGACAUUUUACAAUAAUGUAAAUGCCUGUUUUUUGUUUCUUCCCCUGCUGGUUAUAUUUGGAGACAUUGGUAAAUUGAUAACCUUCGACAAGCUAACGGAUGUGUAUUUUUGGUCUAUGAUGACUCUUGGAGGGCUCUUUGGCUUUGCCAUAGGCUAUGUCACUGGCCUUCAAAUUAAAUUCACCAGUCCUUUGACACACAAUAUUUCCGGGACAGCCAAGGCCUGCGCCCAAACAGUACUGGCUGUGUUUUUCUCCGAACAGAGUAAGAGUUUCUUGUGGUGGACCAGCAAUAUCAUGGUAUUAGGCGGUUCUUUCUGCUACACUUGGGUAAAGGGUUUAGAGAUGAAGAAAACACAGGAACAACCGGCAAAUACCACAAAUGAAGAGGAGAAAAAUGUUUUAAAAGUGUGACUGCACUUUAAAUCCCACUAGUAACUAUCAUGAGGAAACUAACACACCACAACUAGACCUCAGAAAAUCUUUACAUUAGAAUGAAACGGCCUAGUAUGAUGUGCUCCAAAUGAAAUUGAACUUGAGGUGGCAUUGAAGUUUCAGAAAUAAUUUUUCGGUAUAUCAGCCAAGUUGCCAUUGCUUAUGGACACUUUGCUGUUUGAGUGCCUCUACAACGUCACAACCAUUCCAGUAAUAUGUAUAAUAUAUGUUAAUAUAUAUAUAAACCUUGACAGGUUGGACUAAUUGUAUUUAAGGAAGAAAAACAAAAACGCAAUCAUGUCUACCAUAUACAUACUGUGAUGUAUGUUCACACAGUAGUACCAUUUGUGUCUUCUACCUUUUGACUCUGAACUUUGUGGUCUAGAAAACUGAUACUUAUUCAUUGGUUUACAGAGGCCACAAAAGAGAGACUUGAUAGCAUUCAAUGAUAUCCUUAUUAAUGUGUAAGUAAGGGAAAGUUGUCAUGCCUAGUUUAGGACAAUCUGAAGACGUGAAGGACAGAAAAUAACUUUGUAUACUGUUAUAAAUAAACCAAUAUGAGCCCCGAGCAUGUCAGAAGGGUCCUUAUUUUUACACCUGUCCUCUACUAUCCUUCCCCCAUGUUUCCAAUAAUUCCACCUCACUCUUGUGAUGUACUGUCAUAAUGUUGUACUUUGUUCCUGGGGUCUCAGGAUGAUUGCGUCUAAUAAUACCUAAGCUCACUCAGCCAUUUAUCAUAACGUACUUCUUUGUCUGCUGCCCAGGAAUUUAUGGAAUACGAGCAGACCCUGAUUGAUGUAGGCUAUUCAUGGUCAAGG